AUGUCCUCGAGUGAAAGUGAAUAUUCUACAAGUCUUGGAUCUCAAACGUCUCUUUYGUCGUUCGAAGAUGCCUUCGAUGAAUGUAAUUUCACUGAAUCGACUGAUGYYCCUGUUGGAAUAGACGAAUUAGAGCCUCUGGCUACCAAUGAAGAGCAGCAAGAAUACCUCGAGCARGUUGCUCAGGAAGACGAGCAAGAAAGACAAUUAAAGAUGCGACUCACAGGGGACGUUGACGUUAAAUCUUGGUGUCGGUGUUCAAAUUGCUCAUWGGAAUUGGUAGUGAAGCCGGAAGAAUGUUUUUGUUGUACUGAGCUACAGCGUUGCGUGGAUAAAAUGGCCGCUGAUGAUUUUCCUGAAAAUAAAUGUAUUACAGAGCAUCCAGGGUUCCAUAACGUUUGUUUAGACAGAUACGUUUUGGAAACUGCAGCUAUAGGGCUGAAAACAAGAAAUAAUAGGAGUUAUCUGUCCUUAUAUAAAGAAAAGAAAAGCCCCUUGACACAAUUCCUGCGUUCUGUUUCAUACAGACAAAUAAUAAGAUUUGUUUGGUGCUACAUGGGAAAUUCUAUGCGAACACCUUUACCCUCUUGUAUCUACAACAGCAUUCGAAAAACAUUUCCUUGCCAGCAAGCUUUAUAUAAAGGGUUUGAGGAAGAGGCGGAAGAAGAAGAAACAGAGGGAAGUGAUGAUGAACAAACAAAUGAGACUGAAAAUUAGUAAGAAUAGAUUCAUUAGAUUCUCUCUCUUUUACUACAGGUUUAUUUAUUUUGAAAGAAUGUGAAUAAGAACUCUAACAUCAAAAUCACUUGUUAUUUGAAAAUGUAAUCACUCAGUUGCUGUGGGACGUCCAGGACAUAUUCUGACUUUGUUUACAAUUUUAUGACCCUUAACUGGCUUAUCACAACCAUGACAUAUUGGUGUUUUUCGUGGAGCCUUUUCUCUUUGAUUGACAGUUUGUUGUUGCUGCAAAAGCUUCUCCAAUUCUUUCUCUAAAAUUUUAAUAAAAUUGACAAACAUUA